AUGCUCUAUCUAUCCUUUUACGUGAUUUUCAUUCUAGCGGGAUCAGUGUUUGCCGCGCCGCCAAAAGGAGGCAGUGAUGCUCUAAAGCAAUUUAUGGUAACCCAUUUACCAGGACUAUCAAAAAUCGAUGAUGGCUUCAAGCCACUAAUGUACGCUGGACAACUAGAAUUGUUCCCAGAGAAUAACACCAACUACUUUUUUUGGAAAUUCACUGAUGGAAAUAAAAACGCCAAUUCAACAUCAUACAAGCGAACAACGUUCUGGCUCAAUGGCGGGCCUGGAUGCUCCUCAAUGGAUGGGGCAUUAUUAGAAUCAGGGCCAUUUAGGAUAGAUCAAUCGCAAAAUGUUGUUCUGAACAAUGGGUCAUGGCACAAAGUGAGUGACGUGAUUUACGUGGACCAACCUGCAGGGACUGGUUUCAGUUACACCGAGCAGGGGAAGUACAUACAUGAAUUGUACGAUAUGGCGUUCUACUUUAUUAAAUUUAUGGAGAAAUACUACGAACUUUACCCCGAAGAGUUGGAUAAUGACAUUUAUCUUGCUGGUGAAUCAUAUGCUGGUCAGUAUAUCCCCUACAUUGCUAAAGCGAUGCUUGAGAGAAAUUCCAACUUGCAAGAGGGUCAAAAAGAGUACAAGUUGAAAGGUUUACUUAUCGGUAAUGGUUGGGUAUCCCCUAAUGAGCAAAGUUUGGCAUAUAUGCCAUUCUUUUUGAAGAGAGAUUUGAUUAAAAAAGACAAUCCAAUGUUUAUGAAAUUACUUGAGCAACAAGAGCGUUGCCAGAGGAUAGUGGAUAAAGUUGAUGCCCAUUUUGACGACAAGGAAGUCAAUCCAGUGGAAGUUGAUUCGUCUGAGUGUGAGGAAAUAUUGACAAAGUUGUUGUUAGCAACGCAAGAUGGCCUGGCUGCUCAUGACCAGCAAUGCAUUAACAUGUACGACUACACCUUAAGAGAUUCAUAUCCAUCCUGUGGUAUGAAUUGGCCAUAUGAGUUGAAAUAUGUCAAACCUUUCUUGAACAACGACGACAAUAAGCAUGACUUGAAUUUGAAGAAAUUGAAAACAUGGAAUGAGUGCAGUGGUAGAGUUAGCAGAAACUUCUAUGCCCGUGAUUCAUUCCCCUCAGUCCAUCUACUUCCAGAUUUGCUCAAGCAAAUCCCCAUAGUUUUGUUCAACGGGGCAAAUGAUAUUAUUUGCAACACCGAGGGUGUAUUGCUGUACAUUUCCAAAAUGAAAUGGAAUGGUAUCAAGGGCUUUGAAAACACCGAUGCUAAAUCUGACUGGGUACAUGACAAAAAGAAUGUAGGCUACAUGCUACAAGAGAGAAACUUGACAUUUAUCAACAUUUACAAUUCCAGUCAUAUGGUACCUUAUGACUUGCCUGAUGUUUCCAGGGCAUUACUCGAUAUCAUUACAGGAAACUUUGAUGAGAAAAAGAUUGAUGAAAAACCAACUGUUGUGACUUAUCCUCUAGGAGUGAAAAGACAAGGCGAUGUACUGCAUAACGACGCAGAAGAAACACCAUCAAAGACCCCAACGUCAACAAGUUCAACCUCUAGUUCCACCACUACUGAUUCUAUUCCAAAGGCUUCAUCUACUUCAACUCUUAAUAAUGAGCCAACUAGCCACAAAGUUACAAGACUCAUUCAAUUGGCGGUCGUAAUUAUAGUUAUAUGGGGACUCUAUUUACUAUACGCAUCAUACAGAGCUAGGCCUGCCUCGAUCAUAAAGAAACCAGUAGCAAGUGGCAGGAAGAAAAAUGUGCAAUGGGCAGAUCAACUUCCCGAUGAAGAACACGACCAACAAGAAGGCUUUAUUGCUAAGACAUUUGGCAAAUUAACUGGUAAUAACGGUGGAUACUUUAGAGCCAAUAGAGAAGACUAUGUCGAUGAUAUAGAGCUAGGUGAAAAUGUUGGGGAUUCCCAGUUAGACGACUUUAUAAUUGCUAGCGAUGAUGAGGGCAGAGAUGAUCGAGUCAAGAGUGAGAACGAAGAUGAAAGGUCUAGGACAAAAGGAGGCAGUGGAUCUGUGUAG